CUUAAUUGGUUGAAUCUAUUAUUGUGGAAAAUUCCCAAUGGAAUGGUACCGUAGUGGAAACAUAAGUGGGAAGGGGGGAAUUCCUUUUCUUCCCGAUGAGUUGAGAUUGACAGCUAUUUCCAUGUAUGGUGCAUGUUUGAAUGUUUUGCAAGAUGGUUGAUACGACUCAUGAGUACAUCCACUACUUGGUGAACCAUGAAUGGUUCGGAGCCAAGUUUGCGCAAUAGAGGUAUAGUGAGGUUGGCCCUCAUUGGAUGCCUGACCUAGACAUGUUCAACAUGUUCAGGUGUCAGGCGGCGAUGUCAAGGAUUGUUUGCCAUCCCCAGUGGCGCCAGUUGCUCACAGUAGACAAGCUCAUUUAUUGAGAGCUUUGCGUGGAGCUCUCCACUUUCUCCCACAUCAUCCCGUCCGAGUAAGCGGAGUCGACCCUACAUAGAGUUCAUGCUGGGAGAUCAGCCGCAGUUGUUGAUGUACGAAGGGUUGGCUCAGCCAUGGGGUUCGACCCCACUCACGUGAUGAUGACAAAGAGGCAGUACACCACCAACUUCCACUACCAGGCUGCAUUUCGGGCCAUCUAUCACCCCAAACACCAGAACGACGAGUUUGAGGGUGGCCACACCAAUGUCGUGAAGCUUCAAACUCCGUGGAGGAUUCUGCACACCCUCUUGACGAAUUCCAUCAUCCCCAACCUACUGUCGGGCCACUUGAUCACCAACAGAGGGUUGAUUGCCCUCCACUCCAUGAAGAACCCUGCCGAGCCACUCCAUCUGGGAGAUGUGGUUGCUACCACCUUUGCCAGGUGUUUAGGGCUAGACCGAGUGGCCACGAUGCACUUGGGGGGCAUGAUCACCAGGCUGGCCCGACACUUCGAUGUGGACGCAAUGGGGUGCUCCAUCAUUGGUCGGAAUGAGCCAUUUCCAGUGGAGACACUCUACAAUAUGAAGUUUGUGCUUCCAGGAGAAAGAGGGAUCGAGUACCUUGAUGGACUUCGACCUUUGGCGUCCCUAAAGCCGAUGGUCGACCCUACUCCAAUGGAGCCUGAUCUAGAGGACCCUCCUCCCGAGCAGCCACCUGCUCGAGCUCCCGGCCGCAGUCGGCGUGCCGCACUGCCAUGACCUCUACCUCCACACCAACAGCAGUAUCAUCAUCUGGAGCCGGUCCUUCCACCUCCAAGUAUCAUCUAGUGGAGAGGAUGGAUCGCCUUGAGACUCACGUUGUGGGGGUCACCACUCGGCUCGACCACAACACAGAUUUGUUAGAGAGGAUAACUCAACGCCGGGCUGUCCUUCAGGACGAUGAUCAGGGGACUUCGACCCAUGAGAGGUAGCCGACGGGUGAGAGACGUGGCGGAGCCGAUUUCUUUCGCCACACUUCUCCACUUGGAACUCUGAACUCUUUAUCCUUUAUUUUGUUUUUCUUUCCUUUUAAUUAGUGUGUGUGUGUGUGUGAACAACAACUACUACUAUCGUAUUUUUAUGUGUAAUAACCUCGCCUCGAGCGAGAAUGUGUGUGUUUGUGUUUGCUUUUGUCUUCUUCUUGAAGCUCUGAUUGACCAUUGAUUGCACAUGUUUUUACCCCUAUUAUUGAGCCGUUUGAGAUGUUGAUUCUCGUGUUUUAAGUCGAUUUCACGCUAGGUUGUGCGUUUAUGUCAUAUUUUAGGGCUUAGCGUUAGCAUCGAGUCGAAGAAACGAUUUUCGGGUCGAAAGGAGCAUGUUUGGGUUGAAGUGUGCUGGAGGAGCAAAAUACCCGGCCAUGGGCAGAAAUACCCAGUCGGGUAUUAAUCGGAGCAGACUGGGGAAAACUUGUUUUGGGCGUUUGAGAAGCAGAAAGGGGGCCGGGCAUUAAUCAUAAAUCCUCGGUCGGGUAUUCUUGACCCUGACCGGGGAUUAACCCCCUGUCUCCGUAGGUGCGUUUCAACAAUCCCCGGUCGCCACCUAAAAUACCCGACCGGGUAUUCUGACCAGGGAUCGCGAACGCAGGCUGUUAAAAGCCUGUUUUGUGCGUUUUUGCAAGGGAGAGCUGGGUUUUGGAUCCCAAACACCCAAGGGACGAACCAAAGAGAGAGAGGGCGAUUUGAGGGCAUUCUUGGAGUGGAAUUGGAGGAUUUCUUUGCCUUGGAAGCUCGAGGAACAAGCCCGGACUUGAAAAUUGAUUAUCUGAAGAUUCUUACUGCAUUCUCUCUCUUCUCUAUGGAGUAACUUCCCUUCACUUAGGUUUUGAGGAACCCUAGCUAUGUUUGUUUGAUUGGAUGAUUGUAUGAGUACUCUUACAUGAUAAUCUUGAGUUCAUAUUCAAUCUAUGCAUGUUUUCAUGAUUCAAUUCUGCUUUAGUCGAGAUUAUUGAUUCUGCUUUGAUCCAAUGAGAGUGAAUACCUGAUUAGGUCAAUAGAGCACCAUACAUUGAUAGUAGUGGAUCGAUUGCUUUAGUCGAGGGUUGAUUCAAUGCUUUGUAUCGAUUGAGAACCUCUUUCGAUAGAGGGAGUCUAGUUCAGAACGCCUUGAUCGGUUGUUCUAGAGAAGGAUACAUCCCUCUAGGCAAUUGACUCAAGAGGGCCUUGUUCCUUUAGUCGAGACUCAAGGUCUAGUCAAGGAUUCUCCGCAUUGUGAAUGAAAGUGAAACAAGUUA